CGGCCAUUGCACCCCGACAGGCAGUUCGCUAUGGCAAGCAGGCUUUCGUGGAGAGCGACUACGGGCUCGGCUCUUGAGCCCGUGAGGGCCUUGACGCGAGCUCGCUCCGGACAGAUCACCCGAGCAAUGUCGGUCUCGGCUCCUCGGAUGGUCGCAGUCCCUCGGGAUUCUCAGAACAUGCGAACAGCCCCCAGAGAGGCCAUUGGGGCUCUCAAGGCGCCGGUCAUCAAUCCAACAGCCAAAUACCAGAGCAAGGCGGACAAUCUUCAUCGAUACGGAACCUGGUUGAUGGGGUGCCUCCCAAAAUACGUCCAGCAAUUCUCCGUGUGGAAAGAUGAACUCACCAUCUACAUCUCGCCCGCCGGGGUUAUACCGGUCUUUUCUUUCCUCAAGUACAACACUGCCGCCGAGUUCACCCAAGUCAGCAGCGUCACCGCAUGCGACUACCCAACACGCAGUCAUCGAUUCGAGGUUGUUUACAACCUGCUCUCUGUGCGAUAUAACUCUCGAAUCCGAGUCAAGACUUACGCCGACGAAUCAUCGCCUGUGCCAAGUAUCACCAGCCUGUUCAGCGGCGCCAACUGGUAUGAACGGGAGGUUUACGACUUAUACGGUGUCUUCUUCACUGGUCAUCCCGAUCUAAGGCGCAUCAUGACGGACUAUGGAUUCGAGGGUCAUCCUCUGCGGAAAGACUUCCCCCUCACGGGAUAUACUGAGAUUCGCUACGACGAGGAAAAGAAGCGGAUUGUCACCGAGCCUCUGGAACUUACACAGGCUUUCCGAAAUUUCGAGGGUGGAUCCAGUGCCUGGGAACAAGUCGGCACGGGCGAAGAUCGCAAACCCGAAACUUUCAAACUACCUACUCCCAAACCGGAAGAGAAGAAGCAGUAGAUAUGUCGCUUGGACAUUACUGAUGGAUCAGGCACGCAUACUUGUCAAACGUUCCAAAAUCAAUUAAUUGUUCUUUCUUCGACUCUACUGUGUGAUGUCACAAUAUGGAAUCGACCUCUGUCUCAGCCAGUCGAUGUGAGUAGACGCUGGCCUAGAACUAUCGAGAA